GGCAGGCGGGGGUUGCUUCUGCUCGCCUAGUGAGAUUCGUCGGGCCGAGUAACACGUGCCAGAGGAAACAACACCGCGGGGCGAGCGUACUCGCCGAUCUAAACGCGUUUCACCGACUCGCGUCUCGUCGCGAUCGCGCGUCGGUUAAUCUUCGCCGGUCCUCUGACUCGCGGGCCCGACAUCGCGAAUUACCAGUGAUUCACACAGUUCGUCCUACGAGAUGUACAGUGCGUCGUCGUGAUAGUGACUCCGAGAGGCUGGCUAAUUAAAUCGGGGAUUAGAUCGAUCGCCGCGACGAGUUCGAUCGAUUUGGGAUCGCGCAGUGAUCCGCCGCGGAGAGGAGCGCGGAGAGGAGCAUCAGGUGAUUUGUGGCUGUGAACCGUGACGAGCGAAGUAAUCCAGCGUUCUCCGGGAUACCCGGGGAUUGUUAUUAUUAUUGUAAUCAUUGCUUUUUAGCGCCGAUUGCUCGUGAGACCUAGUCGACGUUCGCUCGAAUCGGCGGACAGGCGAUCGCGGGAAAGGUGCGCGCUGCUCGCGAACCGGCGAACAAGCGAUCAUCGCCCAGCUGUUCCAGUGAACUGUCAUCGUUCUUUUGAUUUGCAACGAUCUCAGUGCGCGUGGACAUCGCCGGAGAAAUUCGAGUGACCUAAAAUCGCGACGCACCGCCGAACGAAAGUCUCGCGAAUCGAAGCAACGACGUCGAAGGUCAUGGCCGAGCCGCCGCUAGGACCCGAUGGAGGAGCAGAGACAUAGAGGGAAGAUAGCCGCGGGAAGAUCCAGCGGGACGAUUCGUCGGCGUCCGAUGAUUAUUCGGCGAAACGGAGAGAUUUCGCGGGAACGUAAUGGCCGAGCUCGCUCGCGUUUCGACGUCUCCGGCGUAAAGUCGCUCGCCGCGACGAGCCGCGAGGUACGCGGAGGUCGUCUGAAUGAGCCGGGCGAACGUCCCUGUGGAAGGUCAGCCGAAGGUCGCCGUGGAAGAAGCUUUCGCCGCUGAGAGGAAGAAGCUUUCGCCGGGCGAUGCCGCGCGCGGCCGACUUUUAACGAGCAGCGGCGCGUGGUCGCGGGAUAAAAAGCCGCGGGGAUGUUAACGGAGCAGGCUGUUCGGUGGUCGUCGGUGCCGGCUGGAACCUCGGGAUCGAGAUUACGUUAGGGAGCCAGCGAGGACGCGCGCGAUUCCCGCGAAAAGAUGGGCUUUCGCGCGAACAGAUGACGAGGAGAGGCGAGAUGACCGGCCGAGUCGUGGAUAAAUCUGCGUCCGCCUCGAGGCUACGACAUUGCCGCCGCGUUGUGACGAUAAAUACAGUUGCCGUGGGAAGUGAAUUAGACGAUGGAAGAGUUUAGAGAGCGGUAUCGAGCUGUUACAUGGUGUCUUUGAGGGAUGAUCGCAGUGCCGCGGCGCCAGUUUCGGCGGAGCCGCGAGAAAUCGUUCGCUGGAAUCGUGUUCGACGCUCGGUGAACGCUGUGGAAUACGAUUGAUACGACCGUGGAAUCAUUCUCGAGCGUUUGAACGCUCCGUCGCGCUUCUUGUUAUCGUGCUACGCGGUGAAUCCGGAGGAGUUCGUUGCGAAGUGACGCGUUUCAACGCCGCGCCGCGCUUGGGAAACGUGGAAUCCGAAGAUGUGGAAGCCGCUGACCGGGCGAAUCGAUCGAUUCGUGGCUCGAUGCUCGAUGAUACGGCUCGAAACGCGCUGUCGAGACGUUUAAUUGUUCAGCAGGGUGCGAGCGGAGCGAGAAUUAUCGCGGCGGAAACGAAGCCGGAGGGUCGCGGAAGGAAUAAAAAAAUUGCGAGCCGGCGGAAAUAAAUACAGAAGAGAGAGAUUGAUUCGAGUCGAGACGGUGAACCCGCGGUGCGGAAAGGCGGGACGCGACCUUAGCCGGUGCAAUUUGCGGCCUCCUUCUUUCGUCUUCUUUUCGCGAGAGGAUUUUCAUCGCGCGGCGCGACGACCGCGCGCGAUGAUCUUUAAGAAGGCUUGAGAGAUCUCCGGCGCGAACGAACACGAGGAUGUGCCCCGGCAGGAGGAGCAUCGGGAGAAUCGGACCCUUUAUCGGGAACACAAAGAAAUGAAGUUAUCAGUGUCGGCUUAUAGAGCUCAGGCCACUGCUCACAAAAAGAUCCUUUCCAACUAUCAGCAUCAAUUGAGCUACGGGGCCACUAACCAGGCAUCCUCGGCCAGGAUCCCCCCUGAUCCCGUGACGUUCCUUACUGGCUUCAAGGUGGAUCGCGCAGAGAACGAGGAGGGCCAGGGAGGGGGUGGUCUGUCGGCGUCUUCGGCGGGCUGCAGCGGUGCUUCCGGUUCGAGGAUGGGCCCAGGGCCCGAUUCCGGUAGCAGUGCUCCCUCUUCUGUUCCCCACUCGUUGGCGACCUCGAGGGACGACGAAGACGACGAGGACGAGGAGAGCAGUGGAAGACGGUCCAAUGGCCACUCAGGAACGCGAACGAAGAGCAACCAGCGGUGGAUGAAACUGCGCACGACCGUGCAGCUGUCAUCGGCGAUCUCGACGAUCCAGAAGAAGCCGCCGUUGAAGCGCGAGGACUCGUUCCUGAAGCGUUUCUCGACGCGGCAGAUCCCGGAGAGCCAGGAGACGUUGGACACCGGCGAGGGCGACGGCAACGCGGCCGACGACAAAGACUUCGCCGGCCGUCGCCGUCGGCGACCGCAGAAGCCGCCGAAAACGGUGGUGAACCCGGACGAGAAUUUCUAUUAUUACUGGCUGAUGCUGUUGUCCGGCUGCGUGCUCUACAACCUCUGGACGCUGAUCGUGCGCCAAAGCUUGCCGGAGCUGCAGGCGCUGGCGCCGGCCGCCUGGCUCGCCUGCGACGGCUUCACCGACCUCGUCUUCUUCCUGGACGUGGCCGUGCAAUUCCGCACCGGCUACCUCGAGCAAGGCCUGAUGGUCUACAACAGCAAGAAACUGGCCGGCCAUUACCUGAAGUCGAAGGCGUUCGUGCUCGAUCUGCUCGCGCUGCUGCCGCUCGACCUCCUCCAAGUGAACCUCGGCAGCAACCCUAUGCUCAGGUUCCCCAGGUUCCUAAAGAUUUACCGUGUCUAUAACUAUUACUAUAUGGUGGAGUCGCGGACGGUUUACCCGAACUUGUGGCGCGUCCUCAAUCUCAUACACAUACUGCUGAUCCUGGCGCACUGGUUCGGCUGCUUUUACUACUUGCUCAGCGAGGCGGAGGGCUUCCAGGGCGACUGGGUCUACCCGUACAGGCCCGGCGAGUACGCGACCCUGGCCAGGAAGUACCUCGGCUCCUUGUACUGGUCCACCCUCACCUUGACCACCAUCGGCGACCUGCCGACCCCGGAGACCAACGCCGAAGUCGUAGCGGGCGGCAAUCCCCGGAGCCUCGCUCGUCGUGGCCGACUGUCCCGGCUUCUACAGUUCAAGCAUAACGGAGGGUACGUCUUCACGAUAGUCAGCUACCUGAUCGGCGUCUUCAUAUUCGCGACGAUCGUCGGACAGGUCGGGAACGUGAUCACCAAUCGGAACGCGAACCGUCUCGAGUUCGAGAGACUUCUGGACGGCGCGAAGACCUACAUGAGACACCAUAAGGUGCCCGGUGGGAUGAAGAGAAGGGUUCUCAGGUGGUACGACUACAGCUGGUCCCGCGGCAGGAUACAGGGCGGCGGGGACAUUAACACUGCGCUGGGCCUGCUUCCGGACAAGCUGAAGACCGAGCUGGCCCUUCACGUGAAUCUCUCGGUAUUGAAGAAGGUCACCAUCUUUCAGGAAUGUCAACCUGAAUUCCUGCACGACCUCGUCCUAAAAAUGAAAGCGUACAUAUUCACACCUGGCGAUUCGAUAUGUCGAAAGGGCGAAGUGGCCAGGGAAAUGUUCAUAAUAGCGGACGGAAUCUUAGAGGUGAUCAGCGAGACCGGCAGAGUGCUGACCACCAUGAAAGCUGGAGACUUUUUUGGGGAGAUUGGUAUACUCAAUCUCGAUGGAUUAAAUAAACGCACAGCCGACGUCCGAUCAGUGGGAUACUCGGAGCUGUUCAGCUUAUCCCGCGAGGACGUGCUGGCGGCGAUGAAGGACUACCCGGAGGCGCAAGAGAUCCUGCAGAACCUCGGCAGGAAACGGCUGAUGGAGGCGCAGAAGGUGGCGCGCGCGUCGCGACAGCCAACAUCGCCGGGGCACGACUCCUCGGACAACAGCACCGGGAAAAGGAUCGUCGACAAGCUGAAGAGCGACGUGAAGGGCCUGAAGAACGUGUUGAGGAAAAGUCGCCGGAACACUAGGCCCGAGGAGAGCCUCGAGCUUCAGCCGCUGACGCCGAAAGCGCCGGCCCUGAAGAGGCAGCAGAAGAUCGACGACUGCCAAGAGGCAACGGUGUCGACGGUCCAGGAACCGCCGCCGGUGUCGCCACUCGGAGCCGGCCUGCCUUUGAUCUCGCGGCUGAGAUUGCUGAAGGAGAAAGAGGAGCGCGAGGAGCGCCGCAACCUGAUGGAGACGCAGACGCAGCCGGUGGAGCACCCGCCGCACCCGCCGCUGGUGGAGGCGCAGAACCCGACGAACCCGAAUCUGCCGUUCCUCCAGAGAAUACUGCUGUUGAAGGCGAAGAACGAGCAGGAGGCGCAGGCGAAAGAGGACAAGGAAGCGCCGACGAAAGAGCCGUUGCUUCCGAAGACCGUGAUACCGGAGGAGACGAAGGAGCCGUCGCCGAAGCCAGCCACGAAGCAGCCGCAGAAGCAGCCGCAGAAGCAGCCGCAGAAGCAGCCGCAGAAGCAGCCGUCGAAGCAGGCGUCCCUGGAUCAGGCGAACAAACCAGCGGCGGCGGCGGCAGCGGCGGCGGUCUUGAACGCGGAGAAGGCGAACGGCUCGAACGGCUCGAACGCGAAGAAGACCUGGGCGAUGCUGAAGGACGCCUCGCUGACGAACAAAGAGAACUCGCCGCAGAGGAGCCCGCCGUCGAAGAGGAUGCAGAUUAGACAGAGCCUGGUGCAUCUCAGGCAGCAGACCAAGAUGUACGCGUCCGUCGACGACCUGUCGCCCGAGUACUGCGGCCUGCCGUUCGUCAAGAAGCUGAAGAUACUCAACGAGAGGCAGAAGCUGGCCGAGCUCGAGAAGGCCGUCCGAAGUUCCAGCCUCGAUUGCGGCGAGAACGCCGAGAUCGAGUUCGACGGUAACUUGACGAGGAGCCACUCGGAGGCUUGCGCCAUCGAGUACGCGAGGAAAUUGAAGAAACUGAAUCAGCAUCGACGAUCAUCGCCGACGGAUCCAUUGUCGCCGGAGAACGAAACGUUGGAGAGGCGGAAUCUGAAGAGCAUACUGAAAAAACUGUCCGCCGGCAGCCGUACAGGUAGCUCCGACACCUCGGCGACGAGCACUCCGGAUCGCGAGGCGGCCACUGCCGAAUUGAGGAAAUUAAUGAGAGCGCAGACCAUCGAGGGCUACGCUGCGAGGCAUUCGAAACUUUCGAAGAGUGUUACGUUUAACAAGUACACGCUGCAGAGUCCACCGUCCGAGCAGAUACCGGGAAAUUAUCCGCUUGGGUCUCAGUUGCCGGAUACCCAAGAGCAGGCCUCACUGCCACCGCCCAAUAAACUCAGUUUCCGUCCUUUGGGCAGCGGAGGUAUCCUGCAAGUGGUAUCCCGACCACGAGAAGAGGAAUACAUUGGGGAGCUGGUGUCUGGUAUCAGAGAAGUCAUUAAAGGUCGUCUGCGUGUCAUUCUUCAAGGACCCGAAAUUUCUGAGAUGGAGGACAUACAGACGAAGUUCGGUCGGCAGUUCACGUCGUUGGAGCUGGAGAUACGCAAGCGGGACGAGAUAAUAUCUCAGCUGCAGGCUCGUAUACAAGAGCUGGAGCAGAGGGAGUCGCAGAACGCGGACGAGUCGCUCGGGGACAGCACGGAGCACGACGCCUCGCUGGAGGAGGAUUUGGACGACGACCGCGAGGAUCACCCUUUCAUGAGGGACGGCUCGGUGGACACGGUACUGACCGCCCGUUCCCAUUACACGCGUUCGCCCCACUGCACGGAGUCGACCUCGCAGCACAGGAGGUCGUGGGAGGAGCACUCCGAGGAGGAGACCCUGGAGCUCCAAGAGUUGCCGAGCUCGAUCAUGCCGCAGACGUUGUGGAAGGGCGAGGUGGCGAUCGAUCUCGAAUCGAACAGCGACAGCAGCCGGUCGGAGGACGAGCUCGACGACAGGCCGGACAGAAGCGACAGCGGGAACGACGAGGACGACGACGAGGAGGAGUCGCACGAGGGUGGAAACAAUAAUUGGGAGGUGACGAUGCUCGCUCAGGAACUCGAGGCGAGACGGAGGAGCACCGAAAACACCAGCCCGGGCUCCUAGCGCAUUAACGAGAUCCUAGACGUACUAUGUUACCUCACGAACACGUUACACCCGAAGGGCUGGUGUAACGGGCCGGCCAGCGCCGGCGCCGCGACUUUUUGCGACAAGGAUUGCCCUUAUUUACAAUUAGACUUUGAUAGUUUGACCAGUUGUAGCGAGACUAUGAUGUAAUCGAAACUCUAGCCUGGAAAAAAUGAAAAAAGAUCGUUCCAUUUA